AUGGCAAUGGCUAAUAUUGAUCAAAAUGAAGAACAAUAUAAAAAAGUUGAAAUAGAAGAAAUUCCUGAUGAUGAAGAAAUCUUAUCAAAAAAAACAAAUAAUUCAAUCGAACCAACUGAUUAUAUUCUUACUGAUGAAGAAACAAAACAACAAAAACAAUCUUCACCACAACCAAAUAUAACAAUAUCUAAUGAUGAUUCUAUAAAAUUUGAAAAUGUUUUUUCAUGUUAUGAAAAAGCAAUAUCUAAAAUAAUUGAUACAAAUGAUGAUUCAUCACAAAUUUCAAAUACAUUAUCCUCAGAAUCAUCAUCAACAACAACAACAAAUCAACCACCGGCUAAUGAUCCUAUUGCAUUACGUGCUCUACAACGUUUUGAAGAACGUAUGAAUGCUGCUGCUAAAAAUAUUAAAACAGAUACAAAUUUAAAUGCAUCAAAAAGUAAAUCAUCAUGGUCUGGAACACUUUCAACUUCACGAAAAUCACUUGAAAAUUUAUUCAAAAAUAUUGACCAACAAUUAAGUACAACUCCAAUUACACUUAAUAAUGAAUCAACAACAGUACUAUCAUCUCAAUCGGAUAGUUAUAUACGACCACGUCAAACAUUUGAUGACAGUAAUUUUAAUUAUGGUAUGGCACUCAAUUCAUUUAGUACAAUAAGUUCAACUAUUGAUAAGAGUAAAAUUGAUGAUAAAAAAAUAGACGAACAACAGCAGUCGUCAACAUUAGUAGAAAAUGAUGACAAACGCGUUGUUGAUAACAAGUCAACGAACAUUGUUGACUUUAAAGAUCAGCAAGAAGAAGGACAACAACAAAGCGCAAAUAAUGCAACAAUGACAAGUGAAAUUGAUCUCAAAAAUGAAAAAGAAAGUUUAAGCUUAAUAUCUUUACCAUCAACUGAUAAAUCAAUAAUAAGUAGUCCAUUAAAUGUAGUCACGACACAAUCUUCAUUAACAGAAGAACCAGUUAUAAAACCGUAUGGUUUUCAACUUGAAGGCCGUCGUCGUUUAAACGCUCUUGAAGUAAUGCGUGAACGUCGUCAAAGUCGUGAAUUUCUCGAUAAAAUGGAAUUAGAAAAACAACAGCAGCAACAACAACAACAACAACUUCAAAAUGAAUAUACAAUUAAAGCCGAAGAAGUACAAGAUCCUAUUGUUCGUCGUGCACUUGAACGUUAUGAUGAAAAAAAUCGUAAAUUAAUUCAAACAAAAUCCGUAAAUUAUGAUGAUAUUCAAGAUCCUAUUACACGACGUGCAUUAAUGCGUCUUGAAUCAAAUUUAAAACGAGUUAUGCCACCACCACCACCAUCAUCGACAACAAUAAAUGAUUCAAAUGAAAAUUGGUAUACAGAAAAUUAUACACUUGGUUCAUUACAACCUACUAAUGAUCGUUUAUCACGUUAUAAUAAUUCAUUUCAAUCACCAACAUUAAAUAAUCGAACAAAAUAUAUAUCUGUACAUCAACGUUAUUGUACACCAUCAUCAAAUGAAAUAUCUGAUUUAUCAACAACAAAUAAUCUUAUGUCAUCAAGUGAACAUGAUUUACCUAUAACGUAUGUACCAACACAAUCAAUUUAUGUUACAUCAAAUAAUCAACAACAAAAACAACCAAGUAAUAUUCGUCAACGAUCACGUUCUGAAGAUAUGCUUACAUCAAGAGAUUUAACUAUUGGACAAACAACAAAUCUUGAUGAUGUUGAUACAUCAUCACAAUUACAACGUAAUCGUUCAUCAAAUGAAAUUGCAUUACUUGAUUCAGAAUUUCAUUUACCAAAUACAUUAAUUAAAUCUCUUGAACCAAAUUUUGUUCGUACAACAGAAUCAUCUGUUAGUUAUGUUACACCAACACAAACAUAUUCAGCAUAUAGUUGUGAAUAUACACGUCCACGUCGAAAUCCUUUAUUAACAUCAACAACAUCAUCAUCAUCAGAAACACCACUAGAAUUAAAAAAUGAUUCAAAUCAAUUAUCUUCUUCUUCUUCAUAUUCUCAACAAGAACAAAAUGAAAUUCAACGUCCAAUACCAUAUCGACCAACAAUUGAUAAUCAAUAUGAAACUCAAUCUUCAUCGGCAUUUGCACCUGUUCGUUCAUCUACAUCAACAACAACAAGUAAUUAUUAUAAUCAACAACCAAUAUCAACUCCUUCAUAUGGUUCACCAUAUACAUCAAGUACUCUUAAUCAAACACCUUAUUCAGAUGAUCCAAUUGUUCGUCGAGCAGUUGAACGAUUUAAUACACAAUUACAAAAUAGUCUUCUAUCAACAUCUCAAUAUCAACCAACAAAUAAUUAUUUAUCACAUUCAGCAAAUAUUCAAGAACCAUGGUUAAAUUCAAAUCGUUCAACAUUAAUGACAACAAGUACAAGUAGUAAUAGUAGUAGUACAGCAGGAGGUUAUCAAUCAAUUAUUGGACGUCGUCGUUUUACACGUUAUGAUGAUCCAAAUAAUUUUCUUGAUCAAUCAAGUGUUGGUGAUGCUUAUUCAUCAUCUGUAUUUGUUAAUCCACAAAAUCCAUAUUUAAUGACAAAUCAUUAUAUGAAUAUGUCUGAACAACCUCCUGUUAUUCCACCACGUUUACGUCGAAUGAAUUAUCAAAAUGAAGAUAUCAAUGAUCAAUAUCGACGUCAUUCAAUAGAUGAAUACUUAUCAGAAAACAUUAAUAAUAAUAAUAAUAAUAACAUUAACAAUAAUAAUAAUAAUAAUCAUUCACUUCCACAAGAAACAUUUAUUCAUUAUGCAUAUCCAGCAACAAUAACAAAUACAACAAGUAGUUUUCGUCCUAUAAAUAUGGAUUAUAAUCAACAAUAUGAUUCAUCAAAUCAAUUAUCUCAAGAACAAGAUGAUCUACAUCAUCGUUCUCAAUCAGUAUCAAGUACGAAUUCAACAGAUAGUCUUAAACAACAACAACAACAACAACAACAAUUGAGAUCAGCAAGACCAACUAAUAUACGAACAUCAUUAAAUAAUCAACAAAAAGUACCACCACCAUCUAUAGCUGUACGAACAAGUACACAACAAAAUGAACGUAAAACAAAUGAAAAAAAUAUAUCAAAUAAAUUAUCACCGGUUAAUACUCAAUCACCAUCAGGUCAAACACCAUCUAAUAAUGGAAAUCAACCAAAUGAUUCUGUCUUUCAUCGUCUUGCUUAUACAGGUACAAAAGCAUCAUUAUCAAAAUCAAAUUCAAAUUCUUGUUCAAAUUUAAUAAAUAAAAAUUCAACAACACAAUUAAAAUCAUGUGAAAUUGAUUUUGAUGAUUCAUUAAAUUCAACAGCAACAAUAACUGAAAAUAUUAAUGAAGAAAAUUCAUCAUUAGAUAAUAAAUAUCAACGUUCAAAAUCUGUUGAUGGUCGAACAAGAAUAAAACUUUCUCAAAGUCGUACAAAUCAACAAUCAACAAUAGAUAAUGAUGAAAAUAAUAAUACAAUUCAUAAUGAACAAGAUAAACCAAUACCAUCAUCAAGAUUUACUCCUAUUAAUAUACGUCGUGAAGCACCAAUAAAACCACCAAAUAGAAAUAAUUUAUCAUAUACAAAAACUACAAAUGGUAUUCGAACACAUGGUUCAAAUGGAAAUAUAAUUGAUACAUAUAAUCAACAACAAGAUAUUGAAAAUAAUGAAAAUAUAUCAUUUAAUACUGAUAAUCGAACACGUACAACAAUACCUGUUCAACAUUAUACAACACAUAAUCAUAUUCAAACAUCAUCAUCAACAUCAUCUGUUAAUAGUACUCAUUCACGACCAAAACCACCGGUAUCAAUUCCAAUUAAUCUCGAUAGAAAAGAUUCGAAUACAUCAAAUACAGAUCUUAGCAGAACACAAAGACGUUCGGAUGAUAAUCGUUAUGUUUCUCCAAAUAGCCAACGGCGAAAUAUUCCCGUUUCUGUUUUUGCACCAGCUAAACUUGAUAAUAAACGUCCAGCACCUGCACCACCAAUAUCAAAUUUUGAAUCUCAAAAUCAAACAUUUUAUACAUCUCGUUCAUUAACAAAUGAUAAUAAUAAUAAUUCUACAAUGAAAAUAAAUGAAAAUCAAAUGAAUAAAAAAUUAUCAUCAACAAACUCAGGCAUUAAAACACCAACAAAUAUUGUUAUGAAUGAUUUUACACUUGCAAACGAUAAACAAGAUAAUAAUAAAAAAAUGAACGUAUUUGAACGACUUUUUCGUGGUAAUAAGAAAAAAAAUUAA